AUGCAUGAGAAUGAUCAAAUGGAUACUGAAGGGAAGGCACAUGUUCUGCAGAAUGUCUCUGGCUGUGGGCUCUUGGCAUCUGGGACUCCAGAUGGCUCCGGGAAAGUAUCAGUCUCUCAUGCAGGCUGUUAUGUCUUUGAGUGGCUGAGCGAUCACAAUUACCUUAUACUGCUUGGGCUUGAAGGAACAGAUGGCCAAAAUGUUCUUCAUGAAGAGACACUGCUCAUGUGUCCUGCAGACAUUCCUGUCCUGGAUGCUCCAAGCAGCGGCAUCUGUCUGGCCGUUCCCAGCCAGCACUGGCUGCCGUGUGCUUCCCCUCCCAUCAGCCAGGGAGACUGUGAGGCACAAGGCUGCUGCUCUGACCCCAGAGACAGGGUGAAGCCUUGCUACUUUGGUAACACAGUGACAGCUCAUUGCACACCAGAUGGCCAGUUGUCCAUUGCUGUUUCUCGGGAUGUCAUCCUGCCCCCUGUUGUCCUGGACUCAGCGCACCUGGCCAGUGGACACAGUACUGGCUGUGUCCCUGUCCUAACAAACAGCGCCUUUGUCGCCUGCCAGUCUCCGCUCUCUGCCUGUGGCACUGCAUUCCAGAUGACUGCAGACUGGGCCAUAUUUGAGAAUGAGUUGGUGGCAAGCAGGGAUGUGAAGACUGGGAGCCUUGGCUCUGUCACUAGGGAUAGCACUUUCAGGUUACGUGUCCAAUGUACUUAUUCCAUCAGUGGGAGCUCCAUUCCCUUGAGUGUUCAGGUCUUCACGUUGCCACCGCUCCCUGCUGUGUCCCAGCCAGGUCCUCUGUCUUUGGAGCUGCGUGUUGCCUCAGAUGGAAGCUGUACUUCCUACUAUACGGACAGUGACUAUCCUGUUGUGAAGACUCUCAGAGACCAUGUUUAUGCAGAGGUCAAGAUCCUUCAGGGAACAGACCCAGACCUGAUUUUAGUUCUGCACCACUGCUGGGCCACCCCAAGCCCCAACCCCCAGCAACAGCAGCAGUGGCCAAUUUUUGGUGGAUGGUGCCCUUAUGCAGGGGACAACUAUCAGACACAGCUGAUGCCUCCCGGUUUCACCUCAGGACUACUGUUGCCCUCUCAUUACCAGUGUUUCACUCUCUACACAUUCACCUUUGUGGACUCCAAUUCCCAUGAGAAACUCUCUGGGCUGGUGUUCCUGCACUGCAGUGCUUCUGUGGGCCACCAGUCUGUAAAGGAGUCCUGCAUGGCCACUUGUCCUUCCAGAGUCAGUAAGUGCCCUGGCCUUCUGCUCCCUAGCCAAAGGGGCAGCAAGGGCCUAGUCUCCAAGCUGGGGAGGAGGAGACAUGUAGCCUAUGGAGUAAUUCCCUGAAGGCAUGGGCAGCUUGACAAAGCAUUUCCUGCUCCUUUCUACUGACUAAGGGCUCUUCGUAUGCCCAAAAGACAGAGGUCUUCAUGGGCUCUUAGCUGAGCUGUGUGGGCUCACAUGGAAACUGUGCCUUCAGAGCUUCCCGUGUGUUGGGAAGCUGACCCGGACAAAGUUUGCUGACCUUCAGGGCCAUACUUCUUCUUACCUUCAACCUUCACCUUGCUCUGUAGGGGGUAAAAGGAGUGCUCAGCAUCCUUUUCAGGAAGGUACUUCCCAUGUCUCCAGCAAAGGCCUGUGAUUUUCCUCCAGCAUGAGCUAGGUCAAGACACAGCCAAGGAUGGCCUUGGUAAGUGUGGCAGCAGGGCAGGGGAAGGGGCCUGGUCUAAGGCUUUUCUGCAGAA